CGAGGGUAGACGCGGUCGCGUCGGACACGCUCGUAUGGGACGACGUGUAUGACGUGGUGAAUUCCGCCGGGCGUGAAAUCGCGACACGGAAGGAGCCGCACGCGAUAGCGCUCCCGCUGAUGAUCCCCGUGUGGACUCUCUCGCUUUUAAAUAGACCCGCUACUUGGAGGGUGGUAGCUUGUGUAACCUGUUGCGGAAUGCGAUAUCGGGAGGCCGUUAAUGCCCUGUGUGAGAAAGAGAGAGAGAGAGAGGAUCGUUCCUCCGCACCGCCGCUUCACCUGAGCUGUUCCUAACGGUUCCUCGUCGGGCGAAAAAGGACACUUCGUUUACUGUGUCACGAAAUCUCGAAGUUCCCGAGCAUUCUAAUGAACCCAUCACCUCCCAAUGAAGCGGAAUUUAAUGUGCGCAUCGUGUGCGAGAAUCGCUCGCCCUCCGAACCGUGAAGCGUUAACAGCAGUGAAAGGGGGGACUGUGUGAACAAGUGAGAAGCAAUGUCGCGAAUUUUCCGCGUGAUCGCAACGAUGGGAAAAUCCGAAAGGCCGCACGUCUCCCCUCGUCCCGGACACGCUCGGACUGCAUCUCUCGAUUAUUCCUAGUGAACCACGGGCGGAGCCACGGACAAACGAAAGACAGGUUUUGUCGUUAACGGAGAGGCCGGGCGAGCACUUUUCCACGUUGCCGCGAUUGCUUCGUUCCGGGGUGAAACGUUAAGAGAAAGAGGGAAAAAGGGGGAGGAAAGAAAGACAAGUCGAGCCAGUUCGAGCCGCCGUUGGAGGGAAAAAGCCGAAGGAAGGCCGGUUCCCGCGGCAGAGGAAUCACGCGCGCCGCGCGGACGAUGAAGUCGAGCGAUACUUAGUCGCCGGCAGUCCUCGGGAGUCAUGAGUCGUCUUCCACGGGGGGCUCGCGGAGCGAAAAGCUGAGCGGCUAAUCGCGGAUGUCGGCCGGAACGAACAUGUUCGGGAGCGACGCGCGGGAGCAGACGCGGACGGACGACGACAGCAACCGUACGGUCCUCGUCGAUCUGGAGCGCGACACGGGGAACUACACCGACGAGCUCUACCCCUUGCCGAAUUACAUCAACGUCACGCUGCUGGACAUCAACGCCACGGAGGAGAUCGAUUCGUUUUACUUCUACGAGACGGAGCAGUUCACGGUAUUGUGGCUACUGUUUGCUGUGAUAGUCGCCGGUAACACCGCUGUCCUCGCUGGUUUGCUGUUGGGAAAGCGCAGAAAAUCCCGAAUGGACUUUUUCAUCAAGCAACUAGCGUUUGCGGAUUUGCUGGUCGGCCUGAUAUCCGUGCUGACGGACAUAGUCUGGAGAGCGACAGUUACCUGGCACGCAGGCAACGUGGCUUGCAAGCUGAUAAGAUUCAUGCAGGCCGUAGUGACAUAUAGUUCAACCUAUGUUCUCGUGGCGUUGUCAAUCGACAGAUACGACGCUAUUACGCGUCCGAUGAACUUCUCCGGCAGCUGGUGGAGAGCUCGAGCUCUGGUAGCUGCGGCUUGGGGUCUGUCGGUAUUAUUCAGUGUGCCGAUUUUAUUUCUAUACGAGGAGAAACGAAUACAGGGCACGAUGCAGUGCUGGAUUGAUCUGGGCUCGCCGACCCAAUGGAGGAUCUACAUGAGCCUGGUGAGCUUCAGCCUCUUUAUAGCGCCGACUUUGAUAAUAGGAGGGUGCUACAUGGUCAUCGUGGCCACGAUAUGGUCGCAAGGAGGAGCGCUACGUCAGGGACCUACCAGGGACACUCGGAGGGCGUCCUCGAGGGGUCUCAUUCCCAGGGCGAAAAUCAAAACAGUGAAAAUGACUUUCGUCAUAGUGUUCGUGUUCAUCCUCUGCUGGAGUCCAUAUAUAGUCUUUGAUCUCCUUCAAGUUUAUGGGCAUGUGCCAAAAACGCAGACGAAUAUUGCGGUUGCUACUUUCAUACAGAGCUUGACACCGCUCAACUCAGCCGCUAAUCCGAUUAUCUAUUGCCUCUUCAGUACGCCGUUUUGUAAAACCGUACGGAACAUGCAGGCGAUCUCCUGGAUUUCGGGAUGGUGCCCUGCGAAUCCGCAUCACUGCUUUGGCACCGGAGCGACGACUAACAGCACGAGAACGACCGUGACGACGUCUCUGACGGCUCAUUCUUCCCGCAGGAGCGGACACUUCACGAUGCUACACACCACGUCGCGGAAACGCGUCAUGGUUUCCUUAGUCUAGAGACCAUGUUCUUCGGAAAAUAGAACAGCUACGUAGAUUUUCUUGCAGAUCGGUAUCCUGAAGAACGAGUUGAAGCCGAUAGUUCGUCUAAAUGUCUUUUGUUCUUGUCUCUCUAUUUUUGACUCGGAUACUUAAUAAUUUGUCAUCUCUAUACUCGAAGUACAAUGACCAUGAUAUACAUACGAUCUCAUAACGCAAAGUUUCGUAUAGCUUUAUUCGGUAGUUCCUUAUAGAAUAUUCACAAAAAAAGAAAAAAAAACAGCUUGAAGGCCACGAUUAUAUCGCACUGUCGUCUACCUAAUUAGAAGCGCUGGUGGUAUAUUUUAAUACUUUCGAAUAUUUUUCAUCGUGAUGUUAUCUGCGAUGGAUUUCGACGACUUCCUUACACCGUCCAGUAACAAGGGACUGAUAUAGCAAGGUCCUUUCUUACUACGUAAGUUAAUUAACGAGGCACGUACUUGUACAGCGCACACCAUCUUAUCCACCGUCGUAAAUUUGUCCUCGUGCAGUGAUCUCGAUAUUAAGUGGACUGCUCGAAAGAUACUUUCUCACACCGAAACAAUGACGUAAAGAAUACUGAUGAUUUUAUAUACAGUAAAAAGAAGCAAGCUAAUCGUCAUUGUUUCAUUGAUAAUGCAGUCUAGUAUCCUAAAACUUUUGUAUAUAACAUUACUUAUGUCUCUUUACUAUUAUCUAUUCACUCAUAUAUAUGUAUCUGUAUUUGAGAAGCAAAGGAUACAAAUUGAAAAAGUCACUUUUUCUUUUAAAAAAAGAAAAAAAAGUUGUUAAAUUCCAAAGUUAGAAAUAUGCAAUUUUGCAAAGUAUGUUAAAUAUAUAAGUGCGUGUAAUAAAUUUAUGAAA